UUUCCCUUGGGCAGCACUGCAGCCAUGUGGAUGGUGUCACUGCCGGUCGAUGAAGGAUCUCACCAGCUUUGGGAGCACGGCAAAGGUGUUUUGCAGUCCACCAAGAAGCUGUUCCUGAGCGAGCGGACGGGACAGGGUCGGAGCCUGGCGCUGGAAUUCAUCCGGAGGAACGCUGCCAACGGGCUCUCGGUGGCCAACCUGGUGGCCGGGCUCUCCUCCAUCCUCUGCAGCCUCAACAGGCAGCACCACCACUCCUCCUGGCUCUUGCUUGUGGGAUUCCUCCUGGAUCUGGCUGAUGGUGCUGUCGCCCGGAGGCUCAAUGCCUGCUCGGCACUGGGUGCCAAGCUGGAUGAUUUUGCUGAUUUCACCACGUUUGGGCUGGCCACGGCGCUGCUGCUGCAGCCACAAGGGGUGCUGAGCGGGGUGCUGGCCCUCGCCUAUGUGCUGGCCGUGUUCGCCCGCCUCUGCUUCUUCUCCAGCGGGAUCCCCUUCACCUACCGGGGGCUGCCCUGUCCCUAUGGAUCCUCAAUGGUGGCGGGCACCUUCCUGCUGUCCGGGGGCAACGUGGCCCUGCUGCGGGUCACCGCUGGCAUCAUGACCGUCUUCAUGCUGAACCAGAGCUUCUACCCCCAUGACAAGGUGCUGGAGUCCCAGCUCUGGAAGAAACUGGUUUAUGCUGGAGGGGUGGCCGCUGUCCUCUUCUUGCCAGCCACUGUGGCUUCCAUCUAUUGCCUCGCCUGGUCCACGUCCUACAUCAUGUUCCCCUUUGCCAUCUGGAGCUGCAAAGCCCAAUCCCCGCCUAAUGCUCACUAA